UUAACCACGUGACACGUCCGCGUCAGCUCCUGAAACAGAUGCAACUGGGGGUUAGUUAGGGAUAGUUGUUAUUGUUAGUUACGUUGUCAUAGUGCUCUGAAUCAUACUCCAGUUUUACUCCACUGACUCUUCAGAGUGGUAUUUGUACCAGAAAUAUCUGCGUGUUACUCCGGAAUAUAUAUAUAUAUCCAAACUUUUUCUGUUUCACGAGCACUCAGCUAGCAUUGGCUAGCAGUUGUAACGGUCAGCUAGCUUGAAAGUUCUUUAGCAGCUAUGGAGUGGCUGGGUAAUGGAGCUUCAGUGCAGCCAAACGAGGAGUCUAGCGGGGCCCCAAAUUCAACGAGCAGGGCUUUCAGUGGACGCUAUCCUUCCCAACAGCCACCACCACCGUCGCACCUUUGUGAUUGUGCCGUGGCAUCUCUUUGUCAGAGCCAGCAGCGAUGUGUGAAGGCCUCCAUAGUGUCCAGUUGGAGACUGGCUGAGGCGCAGGACCAGAUGUGCUCUUUAGGAGUGCACAGCUCCGAGUCGCUGGAGCAGGAGCGUGCUCGGACUCUGGCCUGCCCGACAGAACUCACACACACGGAGGAGGCGUGGCGUUGUAAGGAGAGCAUGCUAGGACGUCCAGGUCCCUGCCGCAGUCCUGUACUCUGUGAUACCGGGAGUUGGGACGUUUUUAACAAGAGUAUAAUCAAUGUCCCAAAUCAAUCUGUAGAAAUGGAUCAGGACAGGUGCAAAACAUUUCUGCAGAAAUAUGAACAAGAGCUCAGACAUUUUGGUAUGUUGCGUAGAUGGGACGACAGUCAACGAUUUCUGUCAGACAUGCCACAGCUCAUCUGUGAGGAAACGGCUAACUUUUUAAUCCUGUGGUGCAUUCGACUGCAGCAAGAAGAGAAAGAAGCGCUGAUGGAGCAGGUGGCACAUCAAGCUGUUGUCAUGCAGUUUAUCUUAGAAAUGGCUUCAAACUCUCAGCAGGAUCCUCGCGGCUGCUUCAGGCAGUUCUUCCACAAAGCCAAAGAGGGACAGGAUGUCUACUCAGAAGUCUUCUACUUAGAACUCGAGGCCUUCAAGCAGAGAGUUAGAGAAUACUCCGUCAAAUGUAAAAGUGACACUUUGAACAUUCAUCAGCAGAGUCCUGGCACAAACGUCAGAGUAGACGCCAAAGAACCAACAAACGUCAUAAUCCAAGACGCUGAAUUUAACAUGAAACACUGUUUAGACGCUGGACUUUGGACAAACACCAGAAAAUGGACAAAAGACGACUCUUCAGAAACAGAAGACAUGAGGAUGAUGGAGACUUCAUAAGGAUCAGAAGCGUGGCUGCUGCUUUUCUUCCAUCUCACUCAUCCUCCCCCAGUUGGAACUCUCCGGAGUUUAGAUUCCCUCACAUCGCUGGGCAGAUCAGGACUAAAAGGAGACAUCAGGCAUCACGCUGCCCCAGCAGGAAAGCAGCACAUAAACAUGCUUUGUUGAUGACUA